AUGAUUUGUUACAAUAAACUCAAAAUGAACGCAAGUGCUGUUGGUUUUUAUUUUUUACUCCUAAUUGCUAUAUCCACGGGUUACGAUCGUGAAGUGAAACUAAGAUUUUAUCAUGCUUCAUUUGAAAAAUAUACCGAGCUGCCGUUAAAUGAGGCCGAUAAAAUGUUACACACAUCAUGGUAUAAUCGUAAUCGCACCACGGUGAUAUUCUGUCACGGAUUCACAGGUUUUCCAACUGGUCCUGCUGUGACGGGAAUUAUAACAGCGUACCUUGAACAAGAAGAAAGCAACGUGGCGUUACUCAAUUGGGAGUAUUUAGCGUCUUCACCAACUCCGGGCCUCGCAACUUCAUAUGUGAAUUGGGCGGCUCCAAAUGCCAGACAGCUUGGUGCUAGACUAGUGGACACAUUCUCUCUUCUCUCGGAUGCUGGACUCGAUAUUAGUAAAACACAUCUCAUCGGCCAUUCACUCGGAGCUCAGAUUUGGGGCAUAGCUGGCUUUAAAUUACGACAGAGGGGGAUACAGCUACCAUGGAUAACAGGUGUUGAUCCUGCGGCUGUGGGCUUUGAGACUAAAGCUCCCAGUCAUAAGCUGAGUCCGGCCUCAGCUCUCUAUGUGGACGUAAUUCACACAGAUCCAAGCAAAUAUGGCUUACGGACUUCGUCGGGCACUGUGGACUUCUGGGCGAAUUACAGGGCUAUUGGGCCCGUUAGGCAACCUGGGUGUGGAAAUCAACCGUCCCCAGCAUUUUCUCCUGAAGAUUUAUGUAAUCACAAUAGAAGUUGGAAGCUAUUAGCGGACGCGAUCAAAUAUCCAGGAACAAUAAUUGGAUCGUAUGCGAAGAACUAUAAAGUAUGGAAACACUAUUCGAAGGAGGAAAGGGUUGCUGAGACUUUGCUUUUAGGAAAAUACAACACAAAUGCACGUCCAGGAAAUUAUUACUUCGUGACAAAUUCAGAAUCACCCUACGGUCUCAAAACAGAUGGACUUUAA